AUGUCUACUAUCAAGCGCAUUGGAACCGAAGCCAACCCCAACAUGUCCGCUGCCAACGUUUACAACGGAGUCGUGUACCUCAGGGGUCUUACGGAUCCCUCUGGACGUGAUCUUGUCAGCCAAACCAAGAAUAAUCUGGCCGAGGCUGACCGACUUUUGGCAGAAGCAGGCACCGAUAAGUCUAGGUUGCUCACCGCCGACAUUUGGCUCAAGGAUGCACAGAGUGGAUAUGGCCCGAUGAACGCGAUCUGGGCUUCUUGGAUCGAUCCUAACAACAAGCCAACUCGCACUUGCGUCCAAGCUGAUUUGGCUUCUCCCGGCUUGUUGGUUGAAAUCCAACUAACUGCUGCAUUGCCAUAA